GCAGGUAGGCUGAGACACAGGACAGGUUUUAAUGUCAGUGUAAACACAGACACACACACACACAGCUGUUAACAUACGGAAUAGAGCACUGGAAGCCGAUCGAGCCUGCAGCAGCACCAGAACUGUCUACAUCUGAGUGGAGCAAAGGUCCUUUCGACAACACCCUUGUGGCCCCACCUAAAAACUCUCGUGAUCCCCUUUCUCCAGCUGCAUAUUCAUAGAAAGCCGGUCUAACCUAAACGUCGUCUCACUCCAGAGCAGCUGACUCAGCGGAUGAAGGAUGACAAACAUCUCCAGAUAUGUUGUUAACCACCUGCUGACAUUCUCGCUCCAGGAUGGAGACGUGCAGAGCGUGGAGGAAGCCCAGUCCCGUCUCUCCUUCCUGGCGCAGAGCAAGAAGCUGUGGAGUCAACAGAUGUACCUGGACGUCGGGGCCCAGGCCAUUCACCUCCGAGACAUACAGAGCCAGGACGAGCUGGAGAGCUACUCUUUCAAAUCCAUCUACCGCUGCGACGCCAUCAAUACGGAGAAACACUUCCCAUCCCUCCUCCUGCUGGUCUGCCAAAGCGCAGAUCAGAAGAAGCCAGACAUUCACUUCUUCAACUGUGAGACCGUGAAGGCAGAGCAAAUCUGUGACGACAUCGCUCUCGCGGUUUCAGGUUCUGCCACCAAUAGGAGUAAGAAGCUCCCUGACGCCCUCAGGCUUCCUCAGAGUGGUGGAGAGAUGAUCGACCCUUAUGAAAUCCCGAGCCCCCCCAUCCCACAUGCCCCGAACCCCCCACCCGCCAACCCUCCACCUUACCCAGGACUCAGAGCGACCGGCGUGAACGGCGGGCCCGACAUCUCUUUCCUGCGAGCGGAGACGGAAGUGGGGAUCCUCAAUCACUGUUUCGACGACAUCGAGAGCUUCAUGGCCAAGCUGCAGCAGACCGCGGAGGCGGCGACGGUGCUGAACCAGAGGAAGAAGAAAAAGAAGAAAAGUAAAAAGCAAAGUGCUGAAGAAGAUUUACUCACGGCAAAGGCCCGUCCCCCGCCAGAGGAGGAGUUCAUCGACAUCUUCCAGAAAUUCAAAUACUGCUUCAGCCUGCUGGCCCGUCUGAAAUCAACCAUCUCCAAUCCCUCAUCAGACGAGCUCGUUCACCACGUGUUCAAACCUCUGGAUAUGAUGGUGAAAACAACAGGGGGACCAGCUAUGGGAGCCUCAGUGUCCAGCCCCGCAAUGACCAACUCUGCCAUCACCCUGCUACAAGGCAACCUGAAUGAAGAGGAGAGGCAGCUGUGGACGUCUCUGGGUCCCAACUGGACUCUCCCACGCUCUCAGCUCAGAGGCCCCGUAGCUCCGUACACCCCCGUCUUCUUGGACGGCUGGAAGCCAGAAGCCUUGAGGGCAGACGGGCAGGUUUGGGAGGAUCCGGUUGAGUCACAGCACAAACAUGAGGACAUCCGAGUAAAACGAGAGCUGCACCAACCACCUCCGCCAGUCGGACCCCUAGACAGCCACAUCCCAGAUGAAACAGAUGGCAGCACACUCCCACCAGAGCCCGAGAGACUCUACAGCUGCACCUACGACUUCAUAGCCAGGAACAGCAGCGAGCUGUCAGUGCAGCAGGGGGAGGAGCUCGAGGUGAUUGAAUCGUCCAAGCGCUGGUGGAAGUGUCGUAAUCGCUUCAACCAGAUCGGAUUUGUUCCCUUCAACAUCCUGGAACCCAUGGCUCACAUAGACAGCCCCGUCGCCAGCAAACCCCCGAGCGCUCCAGCUCCGCCGCCCCUCGCCAAGACUUUCUCCGCAGUCCCACCCAGCCCUCCUGCUCCACCCAAGGCCCCGCCUCACUCCCCGCAGCGCCCUCACAGCUUACCGGCAUACAGCCAACAUAUGUCAGCUGCAGAGGACACAGAUAACAAAGCCAUGUUGGUGAAUGACGAGCUGCUCCAGAGGCUGACCAAUGGGAAGACCGGUCUGAACAAACCUCUGGUCAUCCCUCGCUCCUCAGACACCUCUGUUCCUCUCGACUACCACUCCCCUCCAGAGGAGGUGGCCGAGUGGCUCCGAGGGAAGGGCUUCAGUGAGCCGACGGUCUCAUGUCUGGGAGUGCUGACAGGCGCCCAGCUCUUCUCCCUCAACAAGGAGGAGCUGCGAGCUGUGAUUCCAGAUGAGGGCGCCAGAGUGUACAGCCAGCUCACUGUGCAGAAAGCACUGCUGGAGGAUGCCCGAAGAGCCACCGAGUUGGAGGCAGUCAUGGAGAAACAGAAAAUGAAGGUUGAUCUGAAACUGGAGAGCAGCACGUUAUGAGCGGCAGGCGUCCACAUCAUGACGAGAUUCAGAUGAAGGAUUGUGUUCUUCUAGUGGCGUCGUCACUUAAGAGCGACCCACUGAAUUAUUGAUUAUGUUCACCAGAGAACAAAACACGUGACAGGGACUUGACCCUCCAACACCGCAAAGACCAUCAUGACAGAAUCAUGUCAUGAGGGUCAUUCUGUCAUAAUCACUACAUUAAAACCAAAGGAUUUGGCAGCAAAUCAGAAAUUAACACUUUAAAUUCAAGCAGGUGCUGUUCAAAUGAAGUAUGUUAACACUGAAGUACACUGUAAUGUAUGUUGUUGAUUUUCAUGUGAAUAGUUUUCUUCUAAUAUCUGCCUAGAAGGUGAGGACUAACUUAAAUGAAAUGUAUUUAUCUUUGCGAAAUACUUCAAAUGUGAUUAACAUGCCGUGACAAUGACAAGACUGUGGCCAGCAGACAAUAAAGAUUAAAAUGGUGGAACUUUUUUUUAAUUGAGACUUUAAAGAAAGAUUUCCAGCAGAACAUAAACCGAUAUGACUUCACACAUAAGGUUAAAGCGAUGCGUCCUUUGAAAUCUGUUUGCCAUUAUAAAUCUAUUCACAAAGGAAUUUGUCUUGAGUGGGCCAAAGUGUCAAUUUUAUGACUUGACUAAUAAACGGUAUGUACAGUUACAGCA